UUCCUCAGAGUCAGGGCUGAAGGAGUUAAAGGGUAAAGGCAUCCCCCCCCUCGGUGGGUCUUGAACAGGCUUCUAUAGCUGAAUUAAAUUUUUCAGCCACUCAUCCACUGCCAUGGCAACCGUUGAAAAGCUGCUUGUCGGCCAGCUAAGGAGGAGUUUGUUGUAAGUUUUUUUUCACAGCAGAACCAGACAGCGCCGGAAUAAAGUUUGUGUGAGGCUGCUGUGAGCUGAUCAGAGGACAGAGAGACAGAGACAAACAACAAGUUAUUUACUGAGUCAUCCUUGUCGGAGCCAGAGGUCGCCAUGUUUUCCCUGUCGGAGCUAGCGCCUCUGAACCAGCAUCAAAGUAGGAGUAAACUGUUAAAGCCCUGGUGGGAGGUCUUCAUGGACUACCUGGUGGUCCUGAUGCUGAUGGCAUCUGUCCUGGCUUGUACCGAGCAGCUGUCCAGGGACCGAGUGGUGUGCAUGCCUUUGGAUCCACUUGUUACUGCAAAUACCUCAACUAGCGGGGCUGCAUUGAAUCCAUCUUUAAAGCCCCCAAACCAUGUUCAACGCAGCAUCGGCCCAAAUCUUCAUUCCACAGCCCGGGGUCGACGCACACAUCUGGUCUACCAGCAGUACGUUUACAUAAGCCAGGUGUGCUACCAUGAGGCUUUGCCUUUGUGCUCCCGCUUCUUCCCCUACAUGGCCAUGCUGCAGUCUCUAGUGCUGGUAGCCAGCGGCUCCUUCUGGCUCCACUUCCCCCACACCUCCGCCCGCAUAGAGCACUUCCUGGCCAUCUUGGCAAAGUGCUCCGAGUCACCGUGGACAUCUCAGGUCCUGUCUCAUGCCGCCCGCCAGGAGAGCAUCCAGGAGAUGGAAGUGGUGGAGAAAAGACCACCACCCCAACCUCCGCUCUCUUCAACAUCAUCUUCACCCUCCGUAACACGCACAAGACGAACAAGCAUUGACUCCGGCACAGACAGCCCGCUCUUGAAGAGGUCCUUUGCCACCCCUCCCUCCCCGUGCCCUUCCACGCUCUCCUGUAACUCCACCAUGUCGUCUACGUCCCUCGGGUCCCAGGUGCACUUUCCUCCUACCAAGCCCUCAGCCGUGGUUGACAGUCCCAGGCAGGUAAUCAGUCUGGAUAAAAGUGAUGGGGAACAGACCAGGGCGCUGUUCGAAAGGGUCAGGAAAUUUCGGUCCCACAGCGAAAGCUCAGAUGUCAUUUAUAAGGUCUACUUGGCUCAGACAAUAUUGAAACUGCUGAUGGUGACGCUGAUCUUGAGCUACAGCAUCCCUCUUCUCAGCUCCCUGUCCUUCACCCACACCUGUCACCCUGAGGAGCAGGCCUUGGUGGGCUACACGACCUUUGAGUGUAUCCACGUGCUCUCCUCCCUCCUACGCAAACUGCUGGUGGCUUACCUGACCCUACUGGGGCUGUACGGCCUGCUGAACCUUUACACCCUCAGUUGGAUUUCACACAGCUCUCUACGCCAGUAUUCUUUCCACUCACUGAAGGAGUUGUGCUCCCUGCGAGAUGUUCCCGACCUGAGAAACGACCUGGCAUUUCUUUUACAUAUGUUAGACCAGUAUGACCCUUUGCUGGCCCAGCGUCUGUCCGUUUUUCUGUCCCCCGUGAGUGAGAGCAGGCUGCUGGAGGAAAGCUUGGAGAGGCGUUGGGGGGAGGAGAAGCUGCGUGCCAUGACGAGUGUGGAUGCAGACGGCUGCUGCAGACUGCAGCUGGUGGCCCUGCCUCGCCUCCCUCCGGCCCUCUUCACCCUCAGCCAGCUUCAGGUCCUCAAACUGGAGCUCAUCACAGAUGCCAGGUUUACUGCACAGGUGGCCAACAUGACAUCACUCAGGUGAGUUUUAAAUCAAUACCAUUUCAAUUCUAUUCUAUUUAUAGUGUCAAAUCAUAACAGACGUUAUCUCAGGACACUUCUAGGUCUAGAAAACACUCACAUAACUUGCAGAGACCCAACAAU